UCAAACUCUUGAGUUGUCAUUAGUGCUCAAACACAAAAUAAAUGCAAAUGUAUUAAAAUUUGAUUGCAAUAGGAGGUAGCAGAAAUGCUAUGUGAGAUGUAACAACUGUUCUAGUAGUUAAUUAUCCCCAUAAAGUAAAUCAAAUCUGAUGAGCACAUUUGGUAUUUUAGCUUCAAAAUUGCAGAUCAUUUUUUGUGGUUUUAGCAAGAAAAACUGCAAUGCCAACCUAAAGUAAUGAUUGUCUAUCAAGGCAGAACUGAUACAGGAUUUCAUUGCAAAUGUUGCACAAAAGCAGCCAUACUAACAUCCUCCACCGGGGGGCGCCACUCUACCUGUCACCGCCCCCUGCUGCUGUCUCGCUCUUCUCCUCCCUCUCUCUGAGCAGGUGUCGGAUGGAGGAGUUCUGCAUGGACAAAGUGUUGGACAGGAGUGGCAUGAGACUCCGGAAACCCUCCCUCAACUCCUCCACGUGUUUCUCCAAGCCGUGGAUGUGUGUGUCCAGCUCGGACCUGCAGCCCUGCACCUCGGCCAGAACGUCGUACAUGAGGUUCUGCAUCUGUGAGGCGACAAGCGUCACAAGGUGACAAGGGUUAAAGACACCGGGCAAACUGCUCUCGAUCUAUGGACAACCCCGCCCACCCACUCCAUCGAGCAGCAUCGACUUCAUCUAGUCCACACUCCAUCCAACUCUACAAUACGUCACCAAAAUAACCAGAAGGCAAAAAUAGCAAGUGAGCGAGUAUCCGCUCCUUAGCUCCUGAUGCUGAGUGGAUGCAGACCGGCGGCUUUCCCGCAGCUUCCUUCCUGACUCACCCCCCACCCCCCCCUCCCGCCCCACCACACACAUCCCAUCAUCUCCCCCCUCCUCCUUCUGCUUGCCUGCCACUCUUCUUCUUCCUCCUCCUCCUCCUCCAGCAUCCCGCUCCUCUCUCCAGCAGGAUGUGGCACUCGGCGGCUCUGCUCCUCUCAGGAUUCUCCGCCUUGAUACACGUGUCCUCAGGGGGCCCUCACCAGAGGAACCUGCUGAAGACCCUCCUGAAGGACUACAACCGCAUGGAGCGACCCGUGGGGAAUGACUCGCUGCCCCUGACCGUCACCUUCUCGCUCAGUUUGAUCCAGCUCAUGGAUGUGGACGAAAAGAACCAGGUGCUCACCUCAAACAUGUGGCUGCGGAUGGUAAGGACCCCCGAGAGAGCUGGUUCGACCAUUAUCUCCAGUGGAACCAGAGCGAACAUCCCGGAGUUAAAAACCUCCGCUUCAGAGCAGAUCAAAUCUGGACGCCAGACAUCCUGCUGUACAACAGAUGACGACUUUGACUCCACCUUCAAGACCAACGUGCUGGUCAACUCCAGCGGCUACGCUGAGUAUUUACCUCCAGGCAUCUUCAUGAGCACCUGCAACGUUGACGUGCGCUGGUUCCCCUUCGACAUCCAGAAAUGCGUGCUCAAAUUCGGCUCGUGGACGUACGACGGCUGGCUGCUCGACCUCCAGAUGAACGAUGCCGACGUGUCGGGCUACAUGGCCAACGGGGAGUGGGACCUCAUAGGAGUGCCCGGCACCAGGAACGAGGUUUUCUACGACUGUUGCAAGGAGCCAUACCCGGAUGUGACUUUCAUCGUAACCAUACGACGGAGAACGCUCUACUACGCCCUCAACCUGCUCAUCCCCUGUAUGCUCCUCUCUUCUAUGACCUUACUCAUCUUCGUGCUACCUGCCGACUCUGGGGAGAAGAUUUCACUGGGGAUCACCGUCUUGCUUUCGCUGACUGUGUUUAUGCUGCUGGUGGCGGAGAUCAUGCCGGCCACGUCGGACUCUGUCCCGCUAAUAGGUCAGUACUUUGCCAGUAUAAUGAUCAUCGUUGGCAUGUCGGUCAUCGCCACGGUGGUGGUGCUGCAGUACCAUCAUCACGACCCCAAUGGAGGAAACAUGCCCAAAUGGGUGAAGCUGGUGCUGCUCCAGUGGGUGGCGUGGUUCCUGCGAAUGAAGCGCCCCGGUGAGGCGGAGAAACCCGAGAGGCCCCCCUGCGCCCCCCACCUACGCCGCUGUUCCUCAGGCUCCCACAGCGGCAGCAUCCCCAACCACGCCGACCCCACCCUGCACCAGCUGCACCCUCAGAACCUCGCCCCCCUCCACGCGGCGCACCCGCACCUCCAAACCAGCGCCAACAACGGAAACCUCCUUUACAUGGGCUUCCAGCCGAUGGAGGAGCCCUCGGUGCUCGCCGACGCCCCCCAGAGGAGUAACAACAUCCCCGCAGGACCCCGGAGUCCGCCUCCGCACCUGCCGCCCCACCUAUGCAGCUCCCCUAGCCCCAACUUGGACGCUGUAGGAUGCCCCAGCACAGUCUCCAGCGGUGGGGGGUUUGGAGGCGGGGUGGGCGGCUUGUGCCAGGCCCCGGGUCACGGGGACCCCCUGCUUCAGGCCAUCCUGGAGGAGGUGCGCUACUUGGCUGACCGCUUCAGGGAGCAGGACGAGGCGGAGUGCGUGGCCGACCAGUGGAAGUUUGCGGGCGCCGUCAUCGACCGCCUGUGCUUGGUGGCGUUCAGCGUCUUCAACAUCAUAUGCACCAUCUCCAUCCUCAUGUCGGCGCCCAACUUUGUGGACGCGGUUUCCAAGGACUUCAUCUGAACGCUUCAAAGCAGCAAGCGGGCUCGGACCCAGAGAGACGCAUUCUCCUGUGGAUUGAAGGCGGCGAGAAAAUGUGGAUUUGGUGAGACGAGCUUUCUGAUGUGUGAUGAAAUGUCAAUCCAAACUCCAAGGCAGGGACAACCUCCAGGAAGAAAGUUCUCACCUGGGAACUUGGUGGGGGAAAAAAGCCAGGAUGGAAAGACUCUAGUGAAGAUGGGAGGAGAAGAAGACAAGGACAUGCAGAGGAGGGAAGCUAAAGAAGACGAAGGUGCUCAUCUAUUAUUCAAUAACGCGUCUGAUGGUCGUCAAACUGAAAAGUCCUGCCAUCGUCUUUAAUGUGAGGCUAAUCGGCUUUGAAAAGAUGACUCGGGACGAAGGUCUUAUUAUCCCGUAGUUAGCACAUAUCCAAAAUGAAUUGAAGCUGCGAGACGCAGUGAGAGGCAGAUCUCGGAUCAGCAGCAAAGCUACACAAUCAAUACGGAGGAGCAACAUCUUAUUCAAUGCCAGCAAAAGUGUGUCAUUCAAGCGGCAGGAUCCCACAAAAGGAAGCGGGGCUAGCGCUCCUUUUCAUUUGCUCUCUCUCCCUCGCUCGUCAAUGAACACGAGCAACAAAAUCAAUAGCAUAAAGAUUUCCUGCUCGUGGCACAAUGCCCCUUUGCUAAUUUGUGCCUAAUGGAGAUCUUCAGAGACGGAGAGAGGCUGGAUAAAAAAUAAUCCAAAUAACCUAAUAAGCUCUGUGGACGCCUGCGUCAGCCACCGCAAGAACAAAAACAUCCCGAUGCUAAGUCACAAUUACGAGAUUAAAAAGUCGAAAUUGGGAGAUAAGGCAUAUUUAUGAGACAGGAAGUUGAAGUUACAAGGUAAAAGUCAGAAUUGCGAUAUAAAAAUUGGAAAUUAUGAAUUUAAAAAGUCAUUCAUUCAUUCAUUUUCUACCACUUAUCCUCACGAGGGUACCGGGGGUGCUGGAGCCUAUCCCAGCUGUCUUGGGGCAAGAGGUGGUGUACACCCUGGACUGGUGGCCAGCCAAUCACAGGGCACAUAUAGACAAACAACCAUUCACACUCACAUUCAUACCUAUGGACAAUUUGGAGUGGCCAAUUAACCUAGCAUGUUUUUGGGAUGUGGGAGGAAACCGGAGUACCCGGAGAAAACCCACGCAUGCACGGGGAGAACAUGCAAACUCCACACUGAGAUGGCCGAGGGUGGAAUUGAACCCUGGUCUCCUAGCUGUGAGGUCUGUGCGCUAACCACUCGUCCGCCGUGCAGCAGAGUUAAAAAAGUAAUAGAAAAAAAAAAGUAUGAUACAAACCUCUCAUAAGUAUUUAUUUAUUUCAUAAUCGUGACUUUUUCUCUCAUAAUUAUGACUUAACAUUGGGAUUUUUUCAGUGGUGGAAACCAGUGAUGUGCCAUACAAACCAUUUCAGACCGAUACAAAUUCACUUAUUGUCAAUCCUAAUGAAGUUGUGUACUUCAUAGCAUCCAAGCCAUCUAAUAAUAAUAAUAAUAAUACUACAGGUGUCCUCCAUGGUCCUGAACCAUGAAGCUUUUGUAUUAGAUCGGAAGUUUUUGGGGGGGGGGCAAGAUCCCGCAGUUCCUGGGUGUGUCUUUAAUAUCUCUUCACUGCAUUCCACCUGUUUCCCACAACAUUCCUCUUCCUGGUAUUAAAAGUGUUCUGUCUUUCUACCUUCAAUGACCUGCUGCCCAAAAAACGGAGGAG